GCGCAUGACUUGGACUCUGCUCGCGUGAAGUAGGCUUGGCCUAAAUGUUUUUAUCCUGUUCGAAACCGAAAUCGCACUCGCACGGCCGCCGUUUUAAGGUAAAAGUCUAAAAGAAGUCCUAACUGCUUAUGUAUAUGGCGUUACGAGCAUGAACUGAACGCGUUUGGAUUUUGCGGCGAUCAGGAGCAGCUUCCGUUCGCCUCGCGUGUCACACUAGGCCCGCUGACCCACAUUCGCGAGAGCGCUCGAGGAAGUGCGUGCUUCAAAUUCAGCAUUGCUUUUCUCGGUAUUGCGCCGCUUAUUCAACCCAAUGAAUAACUGCACGGAACCGUGAUCUCGGAACCAAAGGGGCUCAUAUCUGUUCAGGCUCCUGUGUGGAAGUGUGAGAGUGUUUUUUUGGGCUUUCACAGUUGCAGCUCCUCUUCACCGAUGUCUUCCCAAUGCAUCAGGUUUUUUAACCCCAGACUGAUCCAUGAGACGGCGUUAUCAUGAGCUCCAGGGAUGAUGGUAGUGUUUUUGAUGGGCUGAUGGAGGAAGAGGGGAAAGAUAAGGCGAAAAGAGUUUCCAGAAAUAAGUCAGAGAAGAAAAGGCGAGACCAGUUCAAUGUCCUCAUUAAAGAACUUGGCACCAUGUUGCCCGGAAACACACGCAAGAUGGACAAGUCAGCAAUAUUGCAGAAAAGCAUAGACUACCUAAGCAAGCACAAAGAAAUUGCUGCACAGUCUGAGUCAAGUGAGAUCAAACAGGAUUGGAAACCACCGUUUCUUAGCAAUGAGGAGUUUACACAGCUGAUGCUAGAGGCGCUGGAUGGGUUCUUCAUAGUGAUGCUGACAGACGGCAACAUCAUUUACAUCUCAGAAAGCGUAACCUCCCUACUUGAGCAUCUGCCUUCGGACCUGGUGGAUCAGAACCUUUUGAACUUUCUUCCAUUGGGGGAGCAUGAAGAAGUGUAUAAAGCGCUGUCGUCACACCCAGACAUUGAAACCCUCAACUCUGAUUACCUCAAAUCCAAGAGCCAGUUGGAGUUUUGUUGUCAUAUACUCAGAGGUUCUGUGGAUCCCAAGAAACCGCCUGUGUAUGAAUAUGUCAAGUUUAUUGGCAACUUUAAGUCACUCAUCAACAUGCCUCUUGCAACCCGAAAUGGCCUUGAGGGAAUUUUGCAGCACUCGUUGCAGCCAGCCUUCGACGAUAAAGUCUGCUUUAUUGCGACUGUGAGGCUCGCCAAACCCCAAUUCAUCAAAGAGAUGUGCAUGGUGGAGGAGCCCAACAAAGAAUUCACGUCUCGACAUAGUCUGGAGUGGAAGUUCCUCUUAUUAGAUCACAGAGCACCUCCUAUCAUUGGCUAUAUGCCCUUUGAGGUGUUGGGAACGUCAGGCUAUGACUAUUAUCAUGUAGACGACUUGCAUUUACUGGCCAAAUGCCAUGAGCAUUUAAUGCAGUUUGGAAAAGGGAAAUCUUGCUAUUAUCGCUUUUUAACUAAAGGGCAGCAGUGGAUUUGGCUCCAGACUAACUACUACAUCACCUAUCACCAGUGGAACUCGCGACCAGAGUUUAUCGUGUGCACGCACACCGUUGUGAGUUACGCCGAGGUGCGAGCAGAGCAGAGGAGAGAGAUGGGUAUAGAAGAAUCUCCCCCUGAGCUGACCGGAGACAAGGUGAGAUGCUUCUGAGACAGUUACCUCUCAGAAAUAGUUCACUGAUGUGGUAUAAUGGACAUGCUGUUAAAUGGUCAAUCUAAAGGA